UCACACCGAGAAACAAGAAGGUCACAUGGCUUUCAGUUGGUUUUAUUUUCUCCCCCAAAAUUAUUCUUCUAAGGCAACAACAAUUAAAUUCAUGCUUCUCAUCUCCAUCCAGUUAGCUCAUUAGUUCAUCACUGUAAUCAUCAGGUUAGUGUUCGAUUUUUGUUUUUUUGUUUAAUUCUUGAUUCCCUGCUGUUUUACUUGAAAACUAGGGGUUUUCAGAAUUUGGGUUUCAAAGCAUAUUUAGUAGUUUGAAUUUGGGUAUAUUUGUCUGGUGAUAUGAGCUUUGAUAGCAAUGUGGUGUUUCAGCAAGGAGACUGGACAAGUUAAUGGUUAGUAUAGCGUCACUUGUAAUAGUAGUUUGAGAAUUCAAAACAUUAUCCCUGAUGCUGAAACAUUAAAAGACUCUAUACCCAGAAGAUGAUGACAAAGAGGAUUUGGAGAGAUUACAACUGGGUGUAAGUGAAUGUUUCAGUUGAUGUGAACUUUUUUGAAUGUAGACAAUGCACGAAGGGUGUUUGAUAAAUUUUCUGAACAAGCAUGUUUGUUCUUCUCAUCUCUAAAACAUCAAAGACUCUAUAACCAUCAGCCAUCAUCUUCCUACACUUCUUUUUAUACUCAAGUAACCCAUUUUUUAGCAUUCUCAUCUCAGUACAAUCCUCCUCAGAGAAAACUUCCCGCAUCAAUGGCGAAAAGAAAAGCAAAGAAAGUAGUACUUCAACAGAAAAAUGUAAUGUUUAGGUUAUCUCCAGAACAGCUAUGUGAGAUCGCGGAGAAAAUUAGAGAAAAAAUUAACGAUGAAGAUAAUCCAAAACCAAAACACUUGGAAGCGAUGAAAAACUGUCCAUUAUGGAAUUUUUAUCGACCAUUUCAUGAAGGAAGAAUUCAUGAAAAGGGGGGUAUACAAAAAAAACAUAAAAUUGGCAGGCAUAUACUGAACACUUUUGAUCCAGUAAAAGAAGUAUUCCAACUUGGAGGAGGAAAGGAAUUUAAGUCUACAGCAGAACAACUUGCAGUCAUAUUUGGGUUACAGAGGACCAAAGCAGGGGCAGAAGAAUUUACUUUCGAUGCAGUAACACAGCCUAACGAGGGGCAGAAGAAUUUAAGUCUGCAACAAACAGAGUUUUUAAAAACAUAUCUGAAGGGAAAGACACAGAUGAAAAGGAAAGAUAUCCUUAAUUCACUUUAUGCGACAGCAGGGGAUGUAACGAAACCAGAUGAUUUCGUCAAGUUACUUGUUUUGUAUUUCUGCGUUGCAAUUUUCUUCCCCAGGCUGAGUGGAGCUUCACUACCGAGUAAGUUUCUCAAGUAUAUUUUUAAAAUGGAUCAAAUGUCCUGGCCUGACUUGAUCCAUUCAUACUUACUGGAAGCUUUAAAAGAAGCCGAGAAACCCUACAAUUCAGUUAGGGGUUGUAUCGUAUACAUAUUGUUUUGGUUUGCUGAAGUUACACACUCCAUCAGCAAAAAUGAAGGUGAACUAGGCAAAUGCAAACCUCGUUUUGCAAGGUGGAAUACUAGGAAGCUGGCUGAAAAGAUCAUGAACGACGGCAUGACCUCUCUGAAACAAGAUCUUACUGGAUCAUUCAUCGAUCCUUUAGAUGAAGAUGAACAGAGCCUGAUGACACCAAUUGAAAUACGUCAAGCAACUUUAGUUAGGAUACGGGAGAAGAGGGUCAGGGAUGUAUAUAGAGAUGAAGAUUUGGACUUGUCUCCAGAUAGUGAUUCGAAUGGAGAAAGUAAUGAAGAUUGGGAGUUGUCUCCAGACAUAGAUUCAGAUGGAGAGAGUGAUGAAGAUUGGGAGUUGUCUCCAGACGGAGAUGCUUCUCGCCGUUCGGAGGAUCUGGCUCAUGUCUGUCUGUCCAAAAAGAGAAAGAUAAGUAGGAAAGAAUCACACCCUCCUGACGGAAAAGGAAUUUGUAAUGCUGAACCUGAAAAUCCUCCUUUGUCAGAACCUAUGCUGCCUGCCAUCCCCAUCCUCUCGACCCAGGAUUUUGUAAUGCUGAACCUGACAUUCUCCACACCACUGUGAAUGACUUGCAUGGCAAUGAUGUACACAUAGAGAGUUUUUUGUCUUGUUCGGAAGCGCACACUACUGGAGUUGAAUCGCUUGAAAUGGGGUCUACAAGCACUUACGCUCAAGGGAGAGUGGAAGAAUUUGAAUUUGUGGACUACUUAAAGAUUCCAGAAGAGUAUGAAACUUUGUAUAAGAAGAUCUAUGAUAAGUGCGGAACUGAGUGAAGCAUUGCUGGAGAGAUGGGAAGGACACAUCAAAGAUGCUGAGACCUUGGAAUUCAAUAUUAAGUGGCUUCGAGAAGGCUUUAAGCGGCUUAAGAAACAUUGGAUCUCUUCAGUCGGGAUAGAUAAAAAAGUUGAAAGUUAUGAACAAGUAUUGGAUGCAUGCAGGUGAAAUGUGUUGGCCUCCUGACAAGAAAAGACCAACUUGAAACUGAACUUUCAGAAGUGAAAAGUCAGAUAGUGAAAGCUGAAGCGACGAUUUCGUCUGUGGAAGAAGCUAUUCAAGAAAUGCAGACUCAAAAAACCAAAUUUGAGCGUGAACCUGUUCUUGGAAUAGUGCUUAGCUGAAUUUAGAAAUUGCAAUGAAGCAACCAGAGCCAUAUGGCCUAGAGAAAGAGACAUACAUCACGUAUCUUAUUACAAGUUCAAGAUUAUUGGUGAUGUUCAGUUUCUGUCAAAAGGUUUUUGCAUCUUGUGCAUGGGUGUGUAUUCAGUAUGAACUUGAAAUAACUUUCUUUGUUUCUCUAUGUUGGUUGUUAGUGAAUGUUGGUUGAUUCAGAUGUUUACGAGUGAUUAGCAUGUCUGCUUACUCUGCUACAGUAAAUGUUAAAUGGUUGAUCAGCAAAUGCCGUUCUCAACUGUUUUGCUAAACAUAAUUGUCUAUUGUCUUGUUUUACUUUCUGCAUCUUCUUCUCUGAAGAUUAGCAAAAGAUUUUUUGUUGGUAAUUGACGGUGUUUCUUACAAAGCUCUUGACAAAAUUAGGCGACCUCUGUAUGAAAAGUAUUCAGUGUCAAAGUUUGCCUGGACAACAGAAGAUAUCGUUACUGGGAAAGCAACAAAUAUUAGUUUGUAUGAGCUGUAACAUACUGGAUUCCUGAAUAAGAGCCCCUGUUUUGUGCAACUCGUUGAGUAGAGCUAGAGAUUUUUAUGCAAAGAAGAUAUGGAAAUCCUGGCUGGAGAUAUCCCAAAUUAUUCAACUUCAGAAAGAUCAGUUACAUCAGUCAAAAUUUCAAAAGGAUAGUGAAGUACGCCUGAAGAUAAUAGGAAAUCGAGUUGACCUCCUGCUCCUCAGAAAGUGGAGACAAAUAACUCAGGGAGAAUCAGAACAUCAAGUUCCUCAUAAUGCACACAUGCUCCAUUUUCAGCCUUCUGGAUCUUUAAUCUAUCGGAGCUCAAACUGAAGAAGCCGAAGCUCUAGUAAAAUGGAAAGACAGUUUAAAUUCGCAUUCUCUUACCUCAUGGUCUCUUACCAAUGGAAGCAGCACCAACAAUCCUUGCAAGUGGUCUGAUAUUAAAUGCGGCGGCAGUUCAAACAGUGUUGUUGAGAUAAAUCUUAACACGUCAGGAGUGGAUGGAACACUCGAGCAAUUCAACUUCUCAGCGUUUCAAAAUCUCGCCUCUCUCAAUCUUGAUCUUAAUAAUCUGGUUGGUGAUAUCCCGACUCGUAUCGGGCUUCUUCGGAAACUUUCUUAUCUUAAUCUGGGAAGUAACAACUUUACAGGAUCAGUGCCAUCGGAAAUUGGGAAUCUCAGAGAGCUUCGUUUUCUUCGGCUAGCCAACAAUACUCUUACUGGACCGAUUCCGUAUCAAGUUUGCAGUCUUCAGAAGGUACAAAAUCUUGAUUUAUCUGGAAAUUACUUGUCAAAUCCAGACCCAACUCGGUCUAAGGGCAUGGCUUCAUUGACUCGUCUUGAUCUCAAUUACAAUUCUUUGGCAUCAGAAGUCCCACCUUUUAUCUUCAGAAGCCCAAAUCUAGUUUAUGUUGAUAUUUCAGAUAAUCCGGAUAUAGGAGGUCCAUUUCCAUCUCAGUUCAUCAAGACUUUGAAGAAUAUUCAGUUCCUUAAUAUGUCUGGUAAUAUGUGCGAAGGAAGACUUCCAGCAGAAAUCGGAAACCUUUCCCAACUUCAUGACCUGAGGCUGAGUAGGAAUCAGCUAAAUGGGUCAAUACCAUCGGAGAUUGGUCUAUUAGCCAACCUCAGAAUUCUAUCACCCAAGAUUGGGUAUCUCUACCGGGUGUUCUGCCUGUGGCUUCAGGUGGUAUUCACGUUUGGCAUAUGCCUGCUCUGACCGAGAUCUUUGGAGAUGACUCUGUACUACAGUUCGGUGGAGGAACUUUAGGACACCCUUGGGGUAAUGCACCGGGUGCUGUAGCAAAUCGAGUAGCCCUAGAAGCGUGUGUACAAGCGCGUAAUGAGGGACGUGAUCUUGCUCGUCAAGGUAAUGACAUUAUCCGUGAAGCUUGCAAAUGGAGCCCUGAGCUAGCAGCUGCUUGUGAAGUAUGGAAGGAAAUCAAAUUCGAAUUUGAAGCAAUGGAUACUUUGUAAUCCAGUAAUUACCAUUCGUUCCUUUAAUUGAAUUGCAAUUAAACUCGGCCCAAUCUUUUACUAAAAAAGGAUUGAGCCGAAUAACGAAUAA